AUGGCUGUUGCAUUGGUGGGUGGAGCUCUUCUUUCUGCUACCCUUCGGGUGGUGUUCGAUAGGCUGGCUCGUCGUGAGGUGGUGGACUACCUGCGGGGAAAGAAAAUCAGUGAUCAGCUCAUCAACAAUUUGAAGACUCCUAUCAGCUAUGAUCUGUUGGAUGAGAUUGAAACUCAUGCUCUGCAGUGUAACUUAAAAGCUGAAUCAACAAAAUCGUCCAAAGCAAAUAUGAAGAAGAAGCUGGAGGAGAUUCUUAAAAGGUUAAAAUUUCUUGAAGAACGACUAUAUGUGCUUGGUCUUAUAAAGGGUGUUGACGAAAAACCAUCACCAAGACCACCAACCACAUCUUUGAUAGAAGAAUCUGAGGUCUAUGAUAGAGAUGUUGAUAUGGAGGCCAUAAUCAAGUUGUUGCUUACAGAUGAUCAUGAAGGUAGGAAUAAGGUCUCUGUGAUUCCAAUUGUAGGCAUGGGUGGCAUUGGCAAAACGACCCUCGCUCAAUCAGUGUAUAACGAUCACACAGUUGAGAAGCACUUUAACAUCAAAUCAUGGGUUUAUGUUUCUGAAGAGUUUGAUAUUUGCAGGGUAACAAAAACAGUUCUCUGUGCUGUAACUAAGUCUCACUCUCAUUGUUAUGAUGAAACCAACUUGGAUUUGCUUCAAACUAGGUUGAAAGAGGGGCUAACCGGAAAAAAAUUCUUAAUUGUUUUAGAUGAUGUGUGGAAUGAGGAUUAUACUGAUUGGAAGAAAAUGAGUUCACCAUUUAAUUAUGGGGCUCAAGGAAGUAAGAUUAUUGUCACAACACGCAACAAAAAAGUUGCAGACAUCACGGGUACUAUUCCAGCUCAUUAUCAUCUUGCGCACUUGAAAGAUGAAGAUUGCUGGAAACUGUUUGAAAAGCAUGCGUUUGACAAAAUUAGAGAUUCUGGUAUAUGUCAAGUCCUGGAAAAAAUUGGUAGAGGAAUUGUCAAGAAAUGCAAUGGCUUGCCCUUAGCUGCAAAAUCACUUGGAGGCCUCUUAUGCUCCAAAGAAGAUAUCAAUGAGUGGAAAAGAGUAUUAAAGAGUGAGAUUUAG